UGGGCGGGGUUUUCUCUGGAUACUAGAGGUUCAGUCAGUGACGCUUUCUUUUCUGUUAGGUAGAUAUUUGUACUUCCUCUAGCGCCGCUGUCAGCGGAUGUGACGUCACCUGACAUUACAGGCGGAAAAAGAUGGAGGGUGGUCGCUGUUGCAGCUUCCGGUGCCCGUUGGACUUUGCCCCGGUGGCGAGCUGUGAUGGGGCGGUGACCUUGGAACCAGAUACGGAGUUCUGGCUGAUCAAGACCCCGGUGGACUUUACCCCUGAGAGAUUUGACUCUCAUCGUUUCCCACUAUCCGGCUCCAAAAUGCAGAAGAUCAAAGAUGGCGGCGUGAAGAAGUAUUACCACAUGGUGUCCUCCCCCGGCACUGCGCUCCCCCUACAAGCCUUUCUGCGGCCCUCAGAGGACCAGCUGGUGGCGACUGCUCCUUUACAGGGUGUCAUCACUUUGGCCGAGGCCCAUGGAGACCACUCGGCUCUUCACAGUGUCCCGGAUCGGCCACCUUUAACCAUCCCGCCGGGACUGAAGCAGCGAUAUCGUCCAUUCGGUGUCAGUGAAGCAAAAAGAAAAGACCCCCAGGUAUCGGGGAGCAGCAAGAAAAAGAAGAAAGCAAAGAAACGUCGCCACGAGGAAACUGUGGAGGACUAAACCUGGACUGUUAGAUAGCCUGCACUACCUAAACUGGCCACUAGGACUCGUUGAUCCUUCAGAUUAUAUAGGUCACAUGGGCACAAAAAAAACCCAAUCAAACAAUUCUGAUAAAAUUGAUGUUAUGAUGAGACAAAGCAGAUACAGAUUGUAACCAGCACUUCAUUCCUGCACCAGGGAGGGGGCGAUAGAGAGCGAUGGGCGUCCAUAAAAUAAAGUUUAUAUACUAUAAAAGUCUUAACUGUACAAAGCAAGGGGCACAGCCCCAUGGGGGGGUCAAGGGUCAUGCUGCUUCCUCAGUGUCACUGUCAGGUGAUGGCGCGGUCUCCUCUGAUGUCAUAGGUUUCUUUGGUGAUGUCACAUUCUCCUCUGUCUGUGGCUUUUCUUCUGUAGGAGUUGUGUCGUCCGUGGUCAUGGCGGAGUCUCCCGUGGUCAUGGCGGAGUCCUCGGCUGUGUCCGGCAGCACUCCGCCUGCUUCUUCUGUUCUGUCUGCGCUGACUGGUGGAGGAAUUUUCCGGUAGCCUCCGCUUAUUUCCAUGGCCUUCCGCAGUCGCUCCCAUCCCCCUUCCUCACCUUGCAGUGCCCUCUCGUACAGUAUAGUGUGAGCCUUAAGUUCACAGAUGGAGCGUUGAGUCUCUCGUGUCCGGCGCAGCAGAGCCAAAGAGCGCAGCGAGACCUCAAGAAGCUGCGGCGCCUGCUGCUUACACACUUUGGAGGAGCCCGAAGGAACGGGGGCUGUGUCUUUAGGAGGGUCGGGUGCGGGGCUCGGAGGGGCUAUUCGUGGAGCAAUCUUGGGGUAGGAGCGCAGGAUGGGAAGGUAGGAGGAAGGGGAGACUCUUUUUCGAUGGCGUUUCAGAGGAGGCUGGAGAAGGAGGAGGACGACGUGAGGCUGAAAGGAGGAAACAUGAACAAAGUUAGUAGACAAUCCAUGAAGACAUUGCCACCAGGGCGACAGUAAAAUCAUAAAACAGAAUACCGUCCCUGUAAGCCUGAAUUAAGUGGACGUGGCCUAACUAUAGUGGAGCCAACACUGUAUGGGGAACCUGUCCUGACUGCUGUGGUGUCUGCAUUGUAUGGGGCACG